UUUUAUUGUAUUAUUUCAAAUUAAAAAAUAAAUAAAAGGAAAAAAACUUCAAGAAUACACAAUUAUUAAACAAGCAUGCAAUGAUAAAAAAAAGGCAUAUGUAACGUGUUGUAUGUAAGAAAAAGAAAAAGGUACACACUCCAGUUUGUUUUUUGCUACCACCGUCACCAAUACCAAUGAUAUCUUUUGCCACCACCACCGGCUGUUGUCGUUGACUUACAUCAGAUCGACAUGCCUACUAUACGUUCUCUUGCUGUUUUCGUACAUUUUAUUAGAAUCUGUUGUUUUUGUUCAUUUAAAUUCAUUAAUCUUAGUUAUUUUGUGAUUUAAAAUAGUAGCUGCAGUAAUAAUACACCAUGGAACCAGGUUUCAUCAAAGCAAAUAGCUCCAAUUUGCUAAGCUGUAUUCAGUUACAUUGAUUGUUGAUAAGGAUGAAGAAAAAGUUAUAUCAGUGCAAUGCCAUGAUUGUGUAGCUGCUCAAGGAGGCUGCAAACAUGCGAUUGCUUUACUUAUGUGGGUUCAUCGUAGGAGUGAGGAGCCAUCAUUUACAGAAGUGCAGUGUUAUUGGAAAAAAUCCAAACUAUCCAGAGUAGUAUCAAGUAUAUUACAGUAAAGAACUUGGCUAAUAGUAAUGGUAGUUCCAUCAUACCAUAAAAUUCUACAGUUUUACAAAUUUUUUAGAAGCCAAAAAAAAAAAAUUUUGAAAGAUAUGAGCUGUUGAAGUUUCAAGCAGGUUAUACCUUGUGAUGAGCUACUUAGUGUUUCCAUGCAUCACGUUGUACUACAGUUUAAGGAAAAAUGUUGCAACACAUUUUUACAACAAAUUAAUAUAAAUAACAAUAUCCUAAUUGAAAUUGAAAAGAAGACCAGAGAUCAGCAUGCAAAUAGCCUUUGGUAUGAAUCAAGAUAUGGCCGGAUUACAGCCUCUAGGGCUUAUGAUGUCAGCCAUUGCCAGACAAGUGACGGAACCCUCAUUUCUCUUAUUAUGAGGGGGAAAAUCCCAGACACGGCUGCCAUGGAGCGAGGAAGAGACUUGGAAAGUAAAGUGCGAGACUCAGUGAGCAGAAAACUUAAGAAAAUAACACCCGUAUUCAUAAACAAUACUAUGAGUUCUCACAGUGUGCGUGGAUGCACAGGGUCCCAUAAACCUAUUCAGAGACAAUACUUGACCGACGGUCGGCGCUAUGCGUCACUUGAAAUGAACGCACAGCUAAGGUUGCUUGCGAGCUGUAUUAAGCAACGCAUAGUGUCUAUUGUCUAUUAUUUUGAGGUUAGUUGUAUUUCGAGAUUUGUUUUUGCUCUGUUUGUGUAUCAAGAUUAGUGAAAUAUUUUAUUUAAAAUGGAUUACAGCAGUGAAGAAGAAUUUGAUAAUUAUAUCAAUGAGCACGAUGAGCACAGUAUAAUAAAUACCAGAAAAGUGAUACGGGAUUUUCAAGAUCCCUUUGAUUACUACAGUUCGGAAGAAUUCCGUCGACGCUACAGGUUUACCAAAGAUGUGGUACAUUUUGUACUCUUGCCAUUGAUAAAUAAAGACUUGGAGAAAUUAACCGCAAGAGGUCUUCCAGUCCCACCUUUAUAUCAGCUACUAGUGUCUCUAAGAUUUUAUGCUUCUGGAAGUUUUCAGAUGAUUACUGGAGACCUCAUAAGUAUCAGUCAACCAACAGUCUCAAGAAUUGUCAAAAGGGUGUCUCAUCUGUUUUGUUUAAAAGUACGGGAAUUCAUCAAAUUUCCCAACAACCUUCAAAGAAUUAAAGAAGACUUUUAUGUGAUAGCCUCUUUUCCUGGGAUAAUAGGAGCUGUUGAUGGUACUCACAUCCCAAUUCGAAACCCUGGUGGGCCAUAUGCAGAAGUAUUUAGGAAUCGAAAAAAAUUCUUCUCAAUCAAUACUCAGGUUGUAUGUGGACCAAAUUUAGAGAUUUUUGAUAUUGUUGCUGACAGACCUGGAUCAGUACAUGACAAUAGAAUAUUUCUAGCAUCCAGUUUAAAGCGAAAAAUGGAACAAGGUAUUAUAGAUGGCAUACUUUUAGGAGAUAGUGGAUAUGGCUGUCAAAGAUAUUUACUGACACCAGUGGCACAACCCGAAAACAAUUCGGAAGAAAAUUAUAAUAAGGCACAUAUUAAAACCCGGAACACAGUGGAAAGAACUAUAGGCGUGUGGAAGAGAAUAUUUCCUUGCCUAUCUAAAAAGAUGGCAACAAAUUUGACAACAUCAUGCAAUGUUAUUGUUGCUACUGCAGUACUGUACAAUAUAUGCAGGGCUCAUGGUGUUAUUGAGCAUAUUGAACCUGAUAACAGGAAUAUACAAAGAACUACGAGGAAUGUUCAACAGUCAAGAGAAACUAGAGAAGGUUUACUUUUUAGAAGACUUUUCAUAUCUCGUCACUUUUGAUAAUAUUUUAAAUAAAUAAAACAUAGAAUAUUAAGAAGUUUAAUUUCCAAUUU